GGAUAAAUUGAAGCAUUUGAAAACAUUCUUGCCACUCUGUGGUCCCGACAACAUUGGGCAGUAUUUGUCUAAAAGAAUCUUGCAUGAUUUCCUACCAACAUUAAAUCGCUUAAGAGUGCUAUCUCUUUGCCACUAUCUGAUAAGCGAGUUACUAGAAUCUUUUCAAAAUUUGAAACAUAUUCGAAAGCUUAGUCAGUUGCCUAUGACAAUUGGGAAUCUAAUUGAUCUCCAUCAUCUUGAUACCACUGAUACACCAUCUUUAAAAGAGAUGCCAUCAGGAAUAGGCAAUCUUAAAAAUCUUGUAACAUUGUCCAAAUUCAUUGUGGGGAAGGCAAGUGGAAUGAUGACGAGAUUAUCUGAUUUGAAGAACUUGUCGCAACUUCGAGGAAGAUUAUCUAUUCUAGAUUUGCAGAAUGUUUUGGAUGUCCAAGAUGCUAGGGAGGCCAACCUAGACAAGAUCCAUGGUUUGGAAGAGUUAGACUUGAAGUGGACUUCUGAUUUUAAUCUGGGGUGGAUUAUUUUUGAUAAUGAUCGAGAUGAAUUAGUCCGUAAAACGCAAGUCCUCAAUUGGUUAAAACCUCAUUCAAAUUUGAAAAGUCUCAAAAUUUCUUGCUAUGGUGGUGAGAAUUUCCCUCCCUGGGUUUGUGAUCCUUUUUUAUUAUUGAAUUUAUCAUCCAUGCAGCUCAGCAAUUGUGAGAGAUGCACUUUGUUACCAUCACUCGGCCUACUACCUGUUUUAAAAGAAUUGAUUAUUGAAGGAAUGGGUUCAAUAGAAGCUAUAGGUUCUGAGUUUUAUGGGCAGCAUGGCUCUUUUCCAUCACUAGCUGAACUGGUGUUUAGAAACAUGCCAGAGUGGAAGGAAUGGUCUUCUCCAGCUGGAAGUGCAGGUGAAUUCCCUUGUCUUCAUAAGCUUGUGAUUGAAAAUUGUCCUAGGUUGUUAGGACAAUUACCCAGCAACCUUUCUUCACUUAAAGAGUUAGAUGUUAGAAGCUGCAAUAGGAAGCUUUUGAAGAGUAUGGGAGAUGUCCCCUCUCUUACUAAUUUGAGAAUUGAGCAUGAGAAAAUUUCAGAACUGACUUGCUUACCUAUGAGCAUGAGUCUUCCAUCAUUGAAAGAGUUGUCUAUUAGACGCUGCAACAGGGUGCUUUUGAAGAGCAUGGUUGAUUUCACUUCCCUCACUGACUUAAUAAUACUGGAUAUUGCAAAAUUGACUUACUUGCCUGAGAGUUUUACAGAGUCUAUGACAGUAGUUGAGACUUUGCAUAUUGUAAAUUGCAAUGAUCUUACUUGUUUGUGGGAGGAAGGGACAAAAAUAGAACAAAGCCUCUUGCCUUUCAAUCUUAAACAUCUUAGGCUUGAGAAUUGUAGAGCUUUGGAGUCAUUACCCGAUGCAAUGAUGAUGAGGAUGGAUGGGAGCAGUAGCAGCAACACUAAUAUGUUGAUGUUGAGACUAGAAAGGUUGGAAAUUCUUAAUUGUGAUUCUCUCAAGUCGUUUCCAAGAGGCAAAUUACCCACCUCGCUUAAACACUUGAGAAUAGAUAAUUGUAAAGGGCUUGAGUCUUUACCAGAUGCUGAUGGUGACAAUCUACAUUUGGAAAUAUAUAAUCUUCCAUGUUUGUAUUCUUCUCAGGGUAGUUGUCAUCAGCUACCAGCUUUUCUCAAGAAAUUUACAGUUACUGAGGGUGGCAAGUGGUUGGAAUCAUUUCCAGAGAGAAUGUUGCAGAAUUGUACGGGACUCCAAUCCAUUUCUAUUUUGAAUUGUAAAAUAUUGAAAAGUUUACCCAACCUUGAUUAUGUCAGCAAUCUCAUUAAUUUACAUAUUUACCACUGUGAAGUUUUAGAGUCCAUACCAGAAGAGUUGUGGUUAUGCACCCCCAAUCUUAAGAAGUUGGUGGUAAAAAGGUGUGAGAAUUUCAAAUCCCUCCCAAAUACGAUGUAUCAGUUGAAAUCUCUUCAAAAACUAAAGAUGAUAGACUGUCCCAGCAUCGAGUUCAUUCCAGAUGGGGGUUUGCCCCCAAACUUAACAAAGCUUUCCUUAGGGUGUAAGAAUCUCAAGUGUGUGCCGAAUACAAUGUACCAACUCACAUCGCUUCAGAAUCUAUCACUUUCAGGUCAGGCUUCGACGAUGGGCCUCCAAAACCUUAUUUCUCUUGGAUACUUGACAAUUGAGCAGAAAUUCCCUCUGGAUAUUGUGCUGCCUUCUUCUUUAAUCUCUCUUUCAAUUUGGAACGAAGAAAAUUUGGAAUCCAUACCUGGGGUGCUAUUCCAAAACCUAAGCUCCCUUCGAUACUUAUGGAUAAUGGACUGCCCAAAGCUACGAUCUUUGCCAAGGGAAGCCUUCCCUCCCUCACUUCGACGAUUACACAUCCAGUGGUGCCCGCAUCUAAAACGACAGUGCUUUGAGGCGGCAGGAGACUACUGGACUCUCACCCGUGGCAUCCCCGAAGUUGAUAUAAUAUGAGUAAAAGGUCCUCUAAGCACAGUUUCACAGUCACGAUUUUUACACAAAAGGCCUGCUACAAUUCAUGUGCCCAAUGGCAACUGGCGCACUCUAAAAACAUUGCACGUCUCUGGCUUAGUGGCUGGUGGGAAGCCAAAUUCUUCUCUAAUAACAUAAGUGAAGACACCGGAAUCUACUGUGACGGCCAAGUCCAGUGGAAUUGAUGCUAGAGGUCUGUGACGAGACAGAUAUAUUGCUGAGCUGAAAAUGAAGAUUGGAGACUUUGAGAUGCAUAUGAAACGGAAUGUUGGGGCAACAAAAGCACCUUUGUCCAGUAUUCCCCCACAACAGCACCACCUAUUCCAACUAAACCUAUGAAUGAGUCAGCUCCUGUAGCAGCUGCUGUUUCCCCAUCACCUGCCCCACCACCAAAAUCCUCUCCAGAGAAAGCCACUCCAUUUACAAAUGUCUCCUUUGGGAAGUCAUCAAAGUUGAUUGACUGGUAGAGCGAGCUAGCUACAACCACUUGUUGAUGAGAUUAUUUCAAAGGGGAUGAGUGGUUGGCCCUGGCAUCACGGGAAUUCACAACCACCAAUGAGCUUGCAAAGUGAUGUUCUUAGGCAAGCCAACCAAUUUGAAUUUUAAAUUCAAUAUUGCAGGACCUCAUGUUCUCCAUUCUGAAGAAUUGGGAAGACUUUUGAAACAAGCAGGUGCUGAUGUUCAAAUGAGAUUUUCUGUAAGCUGGAAUUAGAACGUAGAUGACCGUUUCCAAAUUAAACAAGCUUGUAAGCUGGAACUGAAACACAGAUGGCUUUUGCUGAAUUAUAUAAGCUUGUAAUUUGUCUAAAUCAAGCUGCAGUUUUACAAGUUUUUUAUUUGGGAAAGUAGAACUUACCCUUCAACUACAGGAUUAGUUAAUAGGUGAUUGAUCCAAGAUUCCAAGUUCAAGCCUCCCUUUUUAGGCAAGUUCUUUUUUCAACAAGUAGGAGCUGGAUGCUUUGAUAUUAACGCUACCUUUCAUGCAAGUGGUGAAGCUUCUGGAAUGUAUGAUGAGUCAGAAAUGAAUGAUCCAACAAUGUGUAUUGUGUUCCUCUUUAUUCAUCUCAAGUCACAACCAAGAUUACGGCACAAACAAAGUUGCUUUAACUGCUGCUUAAAAUGGAUUGACUAGCAAAGUAGCUUCAAGAUCUAACAAUUUGAUGAAAAAUGGUGGUGCUCACAGGAUCUGUCAUAGAUUCAUAGUUGCAGCAGCAAGCUUCUACCCUCCAAAGAAUGCCCUCUUUGGACAUGGAUUUUCUGAGUUUUUGUUGUAACUUCCCCUGAUCAAUUCCCUUAAUCAAGGACAGUUUGAGGAUAUCUAUGAAAGUGGAUGGAGUAAUGCUUCGAGGCAGCAUUAUGCAAAAAUCAUUUCAAGGAUUCCUUUGUUGUAUAUAUCCAUACAUUUGGCGUUGAGAAAAGUCUUCAUGAACUCAUACAUGAAUGGCAUGGGGCUUGGACUUUGAAAUAUAUCAAGUCAGGGGAGCUUUAAACAAUGGCUAGUGGCUGGUUUUGAUCAUCAUUGCAAGAACAGUAGAAAGACAGUGAAAGUGAGUUGCAACAUCGACAAGGUCAGUACAGGAGUUAGUUCUGGCAGAUGAUCAACAGUGAUUAAGUCUCCAGUUUCUCUUGGAACAUACUCAGCACACUUGGUGAGAUUUAUCCCAAUUUGAUGGGAGAUUUUGACUUCCAACUUUAUUAUGGUGAUGAUUAUGACAUAGUGAUCCAAGAAUUUAUUCUUGAUGAUUUAUUGUUGUGUUCCUAAAGUAGAAAAACUUUGUUGUUAAGUUUGAUUAUUUUCCACUUAAGUGGGUAGAGAGAGAAGAAGAAUAUUUGUUGAGUGUGGUAUUUGGUUGUUUUGUUGGAAAGGGAUUGCGGAGUUCAACUUUACAUUAGAAAUAUCUAUAUUGAUGAAAGCCCCACAUGAGCUUUCGAAAUGAUGUUCUUAGGCAAAGCCAACCUCGUAAACUCAUACUGUUUUGAGCCAACAAUUUUAGACUAUUUGACUAGGUAUAUAUGAUGAGCCACAGUUGAUUUUUAGAGGCUCAUUUUCAGAUAAUUAAAUGUAAAUUGACCUUCUUCCUAGCUCUUCAUUUUAAGGAUGAAAUUGUCCUUGGGUAUAUGGGUAAGAAACUAACAAUAUUAAU